AUGGCGUCGCGACGGGCCUGUACCCGCCAGUUCUCAAGCACGCCUACCCCCCACCAUGGCCACCUCGACGAGCCGAAACCGGGAGAAGAGUCCGUACCAACCCAAUCCCCUCCACCCCCCCCCCCCCACUUCCCUACUAACGACCGCGCCACCAGACGCAAAAUAACCUUCAUCGACAAAGACUCGCAAUCCCACACCUUCACCGUCGCCGACGGCGCCAACCUGCUCGACAUCGCCCAAGCGCACGACCUCGAAAUGGAGGGCGCAUGCGGGGGGUCCUGCGCGUGUUCGACGUGCCACGUCAUCGUCGAGGACGAGGGCAUGUACGAGAAGAUGGAGGAGCCCGACGACGACGAGAACGACAUGUUGGAUCUGGCGUUUGGGCUGACGGAGACGAGUCGGCUGGGGUGUCAGGUUGUGAUGCGCAAGGAGUUGGAUGGAUUGGUGGUGAGGCUGCCGAGGAUAACGCGGAAUCUGCAGGCGAGUGAUUUUAAAUAG